UGCACCACUCUGGCCCUGGGCUGUCCCAGCCGAAAAUCAGAGGAAUUCAGAGAGAGGCAGACAGAAGGAACAAGUAACUGGAUGAGGCAGGCACUGGGAGAGUGGAGUCAAGUUUUACGGGAAUUCCUAUCCAUCUCAGAAGAGGCGGCUGCUGUCCAGUGUGGCCCGAGAAGCACCGGCCACGUGCCAGAGUCUCUACAUUACUGCCUCCCUUCUGUGGCUCACGGCGGCUAUCUCCAGGGGCCCCUGAUAAGGUCUCACUCUCUCUCCUGCUCAGCCCCACUUUUGACCUUGAAAUAGGGGUUGGAACUCACUGCACCCCAAAAAUCAUGGGACCCAGGAUAGGGCCGGUGGGUGAGGAGCCCCAGAUGUCAGGCAAGGAUGCCAAGGCCAUGAUGGGUGCAGAAGACACACCUGGAGGUAAAGCCAGCCCAAACCCUCAGGACUUGAGGCGAAGCGUGUUCUACAGCAUCAAGUUCUUCGUCCUGUGCCACAGCCUGCUGCAGCUGGCCCAGCUCAUGAUCUCCGGCUACCUCAAGAGCUCCAUCUCCACUGUGGAGAAGCGCUUUGGCCUCUCCAGUCAGACCUCAGGGCUGCUGGCUGCCUUCAACGAGGUGGGGAACACAGCCCUGAUUGUGUUUGUGAGCUACUUUGGCAGCCGGGUACACCGGCCCCGACUGAUCGGCUAUGGGGCUGUCCUUGUGGCCCUGGCAGGCCUGCUCAUGAGCCUCCCACACUUCAUCUCCGAGCCAUACCGCUACGACCAUACUAGCUCCGUGGACAUGCCACAGGAUUUUGAGGCUUCUCUGUGCCAGCCCACAACCUCGGUCCCAGCCCCCACCCCAGACCCCUCCAACAGCAGCUGCUCAAGCUACACGGAGGCCCAGCACCUGGCCGUGGUGGGGAUAAUGUUCACGGCCCAGACCCUGCUCGGCGUGGGCGCGGUGCCCAUUCAGCCUUUCGGCAUCUCCUACAUCGAUGACUUUGCCCACAACAGCAAUUCACCUCUCUACGUUGGGAUCCUGUUUGCAGUAACCAUGAUGGGGCCGGGCAUGGCCUAUGGGCUGGGCGGCCUCAUGCUGCGCCUUUAUGUGGACAUAGACAGGAUGCCAGAAGGUGGUAUCAGCCUGACUUCAAAGGACCCCCGAUGGGUGGGUGCCUGGUGGCUGGGCUUCCUCAUCUCUGCGGGGGCAGUGGCCCUGGCCUCGGUGCCCUACUUCUUCUUCCCUAGGGAGAUGCCCAGGGAGAAGCAUGAGCUCCGCUUUCGGCGAAGGAUCUUGGAAACCACAGCCUCAUCUGUCAGCAAAGGUGAAGAUUCUCCCUCUGAGAGCCCGGCGGAGUCCCAAGAGAAGCAGGACAGCCUCACUCAGAUUGCACCAGACCUGACAGUGAUCCAGUUCAUCAAAGUGUUCCCCAGGGUGCUGCUGAGGACCCUGCGCCACCCCAUCUUCCUGCUGGUGGUCCUGUCCCAGGUGUGCAUGUCGUCCAUGGUGGCAGGCAUGGCCACCUUCCUGCCCAAGUUCCUGGAGCGCCAGUUUUCCGUCACAGCGUCCUACGCCAACCUGCUCAUCGGCUGCCUCACCAUCCCGUCAGCCAUCGUAGGCAUCGUAGUCGGGGGCGUCCUGGUCAAGCGCCUCCAUCUGGGCCCUGUGCGUUGUGCCGUCCUCUGCCUGUUGGGGGCGCUGUUCUGCCUGCUUCUCAGCCUGCCCCUCUUCUUCAUGGGCUGCUCUACCCACCAGAUUGCAGGCAUCACCCACCCACCCGGCCACCUGCCUGGACCGGAGCUGUUUACAGCCUGCACAGAGCCUUGCUUCUGCCCACUGGACGACUUUAACCCUGUCUGUGACCCCAGAACCCAUGUGGAGUACCUCACGCCCUGUCAGGCGGGCUGCACAGGCCAGACGGUCCAGGAGGCUCUGGACAAAAGUCAGGUUUUCUACACCAACUGCAGCUGCGUAGUGGGGGGCGGCCCUGUGCUCGCGGGCUCCUGCGAAUCGUCCUGCAGCCACCUGGUGCUGCCCUUCAUGCUCCUGGUCAGCCUGGGGGCCGCCCUGGCCAGUCUCACCCACACACCUUCCUUCAUGCUCAUCCUAAGGGGAGUGAAGAAAGAAGACAAGACUCUGGCUGUGGGAAUCCAGUUCAUGCUCCUGAGAGUUUUGGCCUGGAUGCCCAGCCCUGUGAUCCACGGCAGCGCCAUUGACACCACCUGUGUACACUGGGCCCAGAGCUGUGGGCGUCGGGCCGUGUGCCGCUACUAUGACCACGACUUGCUCCGAAACCGGUUCGUUGGCCUCCAGGUCUUCUUCAAGACAGGCUCCCUGGCCUGCUUUGCCUUAAUUUUGGCCAUCCUAAGGCAGCAGGACAAAGAUGAGGGGACCCAGGUGACCGUAUCCACACCUGGCCUACAGCAGCAGCUGUUAACGUCAGGGCCAGAAAAGAAGCCUGAGGAAUCCAGAGUGUGAGCUGGCCCUAGAGGGGCAGGAAUGCGUUCUCCGGGCCCUUUGCCCAAUCUUGGGUGUCAGGAACUCUGUUUUCCAGUUCCAACUCGUCUGCUAACUUGCUCUGUGACUUCAGGCAAGUCACCCUCUCUGGGCCUUUGUAACUCAUCUGAACCAAAGAGUUGUCUAGGGGUUUGGUGUGUUAGCCACUUGUAAAGCAUGCACGAUGGUCUUCCCUCUUCCUCUGCCAGCCGGUCAGGCUGACCUGAAACCAGGCUUUGCUGGCAGAAGGGCUGUAUCUCUUUCCCCCAGGCCCUAGAAUAAAGAAGUAGACCAUAGCAGGCCCGGCUGCCUUACACACCUGGCCCUAGCUCAGCUCUGCCGCUUGCCGGGAGCAGCCCACCCUCUCUGGGCCUCAGGCACCAUCUCUGAUGGGUAGAAAUGGACUUUCCAGCUUUUCGGCCCCUUCCAGCUAUGGCCAUCUCUGUGGUCAGGAUGCACUCAUGUCUCCUCCCUAGCCCGGCUCAGCCUGGAGGCGGGGCCAGGACAGCCUCUGUCAAGAAAUAUCCAUUUGGCGCCCCCUGGAGGCAGAGCUCUGAGCUCUGAGGGGUGCCCACCAGGGAGGAAGCCGGCCUCACACUCAGAACACUCAGGCCAGUCAAGGCCUUCAGCAAACCUGGUGUGAGGGCCCCUUGGGGCACUUAGCUGAGGGGGCGGCUAACUCUGUAGACUCAGGAAAUUCUAGUCUUUGCCUCAGGGAGCCAUAGUCUGGGCCUGGUCUCUGCCUUAGGGGCUCCAGGGGGUAAGGAGAUCCAGGCCCUACAUCUGGGCAUUUUCUGACUUCAAAGACCAAACACACCCAACACACAUUCACUGGUACUUAUGCAUGGCCAAGGCUUCACACCGACCAGGGCCCACCAAAAUCACUGUGACCCCUGUGGACUAGAAUCCGGAUUUCACCAUUUCCUUUCGGGUGCCCCAAUCCUCAUUGCCUGUCGCUCUGUAGAUAAUGUCUGGUUCUGUGAUAACCAUGUUUUGGGGGCAACACCUGGUUCUCUGUGAUGCCUGAGUUGGUAUAAGGACCUGUUCUUUGCAGGGCCAAGGAGUGAAACGUCUGGCUCUGGGUAAGGAGGGGGUCUGUGGAAUGCUUGGGUCUGAACCAACUGGUCCUUCAGUGGGCCUUGUCUUGUUUUAUGGCCAGUCUUCUCCGGCCUGGCUGUCCCUCUGGGGAGGGGGAGAGAGUUUUCUGAUGUACCCCAGCCCAUUCUGUUGUCACCACACAGCUGACCUGGCUGAGACCUGCUGCGUGGGAAGCAGGAGACAGAGCUCUCGGCCAUGGCUUCCCAAGCCUGGUGUCCAGCCCUGUGCUGGAGGCAGGGGAGAAGCUGGGGGGCAGGAGGAGGGCACUGGAGGCCCAUGUGGCUCUGGCCCUCUGAACAGCUCCUGUGGCUGGACUGUGAGGUUCUCCCACGUGAAAGAAGAGGAAGAUGAAGGUACAGAAGUUCUAACUCCCAUUUUGAUUCUACUGGUUGUUACCUUCAAAUGUUUAAUAAAUAUCUGAGCCUGUAUUUAUCAAUGUCAAGAAUUUCAAGGUUUCUUCCAACAAGAUGAGGCCAUUCACAUGUGUAUAUUCCUUCUCCUUUGCUCCUGUUUCCCAGGUUUUGCAGAAAUAGUCUGAAAUUAUAGACACGGCUUAUUAUUAAAUUUGUUCUUGCA